CCUCCUCCUCUUCCUCCUCCCUUCUCCCCUCACUCUGGAAACUCCGCCGCGGCUGGGAAGCCGCCGCCCCCGCCCCACCGCCCCCGCGUUUCUUCUUGGGAAGGGGCGGGGGCGCCUCCGCGCCGUUAUAUCUGUCCCCUGAGGCCGAGGAAGAGGAGGAGGAGGAGGAGUGCGCGGUGGUCCCGGAGGAGCUGCAGCUGUGCCCGAGCGGCCCGUGGCGAUAGCGCGCCCGCCUGGCGGAGGAGAGGCGAGAGACAGCCCGAGCCGCUUGGCUCUCCGGGAAGGGCGCGGAGUAAGAGGAGGCGGCGGCUGGUCGGAGAGAGACGCGCCGCUUGGCUUUGCCUGAGCAGAACCGCACCACUUUUUUACAUCACAGAUCUUCUAUUUCCCUUUCCUUGAUGGUCGGCAUGAAGAAAAUGUGGAAUCUGGAACACAUCCACUUGAUUUGUGCCUGUUUGCUUUGCCUCAUUUUCACGGAGGAAAGUAAAACAGAACCAGGAAAAUAUUCAGAAACCUACUGCAUGUUUCAGGAUAAGAAGUAUCAAGUAGGAGAAAGAUGGAAUCCUUACCUUGAACCCUAUGGAAUUGUUCCCUGCCUUGAGUGUCUCUGCACAGAGAGGGUGAACGUGAUGUGUAUGAAAGUCAAGUGUGCAACCUUGCGGUGUUCCACCCCAAUAUAUGAACCCUCAAAAUGCUGUCCAAAGUGUCCAGAUCAACCGGUUGCUUCAGACAUCAGAAUCACCGGCAAGGCUUGCAAUUACAAUGGGACCAUUUACCAACAUGGGGAGAUGUUUGCCGUAGAAGGAAUCUUCAAAAACAAACAACCCAAUCAGUGUGAGCAGUGCAGUUGUUCUGAAGGAAAGGUAUAUUGUGCCUUGAAGACCUGCCCCAAUUUAACUUGCACUUCUCCAGUGUCCAUGUCUGACUCUUGCUGUCAAGUUUGCAAAGAUGAAGACUCACUGAGGGUCCUAGACGGUGACUUCAUUCAUCAGCCAGCCAUUCGUGGAGCUAGACAUUCUCCUCCCUCUCAGCCUGAGUCCUCAACCAGCAGUCCUAGGCUAGCUACCAUCAUCCCACAGUUCCGUAUGGGAAGAGCUAACCUCAAAUCUCUGCCAAUUAUUUCACAAAGUUCCGGUACCUUCGUACAGAUCGUCCUUAACAACCGACAGAAAGUUGGACAAGUGUGCAUUUCAAAUGGAGAAACCUACUCACAGGGAGAAACCUGGCAUCCAUUUCUCCGGUUCUAUGGUACUGUAGAAUGUGUCUUAUGUACUUGCAAUGGCACUAAACCAGAAUGUAAAACAAUCCAGUGUCCCUAUCAGUAUCCCUGUGAACAACCGAAGAAAAUUGAAGGGAAAUGCUGCAAAGUUUGUCCAGAAGAAAUAGAAAGUCAGCUCCCUGACGAUCAAGACUAUUUCUGUGGUGAGGAGACAUUUCCAGUUUACGAAGGCAUUCGUAACACUUUCGAAGGAACUGUCCGAAAAAUAGCCUUUGAAAAAAAUGAAACUUCAGAAGUGGAGAUCUACACAUGGACUAUUAAGAGAGGUAUCCUGAACAACUGUCAUAACACCAUGCCCGUGGAGGAAUUCAGAGAACUGUCAUAUUUCCUGCAGAUCACAAGGACGACUCUGAAUAAGUGGAAAAUAUUCAGCGAGGGAGCAGCUCAGCUCAACCAAAUGUGUGAAAAUCGAGAGUGCAGGACUGAACUGGAAGAACUGCUGAAAGUUUUGUACCUUGAGAAAUCUGUACAGGAGGGUUGUUGAGGGAGGUUCUGAAGAAGGAAACGGAGAGAAAAUAGAUGACUCCGCAGCAGGACUGUGGGCUUGUUUUGUUUGAUGGUACCCUGGAAAGAAAAGAAAGAAAGAAAAAGAGAGAGAUAGAGACAGAAGAAAGAAGAAAAGUAUUCAUCUCAUGCCCAGCAUAUGUUGCUGCUUUGUGCAUAAAUCUGUGCUAGUCCUUUUAAUAUCUCUACUUCAGAAAUGAUGGUUCUUUGUUAUUGGAAAAACAGGAAGGAAAGACAUGGAUUCCUGCAAAGGUCAUUGUCUAAAGCCAGGGGUGGGGAGUUAGUGAGCUGAGGGUCUUAUUUCAUAUUUUGAAGAGAGACCAAAGGCCUCAGUGGGGAAGGUGCAGAUAUAAAAUGGGUAGAGCCACAGUUGGGUGAGACCAAGUUCCUCCUUUUUCCCUAGACAUUUUUCCUACUUUAAAACUACAUUAAGCCCCUUACCAGUUUACACAAGAGUUUUUUUCAGAAAUAAAAUAGCAAGAAACAUACAAUUACUAGGACUGUCUGAGGUAUUUCCAAAUAAGAGAAAAUAAGGGUUUUUUUUCUAGAAGUAGGUUUAGCUUUGUUAGGUUUAGCAUUGUGAAACUCUUCUGAGGUACAACUGCUCAGAAGCGUGAUGGGAAUCAAAUCCAGACCAUCUUGUUUUCAUUUUGAGGCACACAGCUCUCCCACUUCCAUUUUCCCAUUAUUUUUCCCCAUCUUUUUCUUUCCAUGAGAAAAACCAUUCAGGAAGUGGGGGAAGUGGAACCUUGGCACAAUGCCUUGGGAUAGAUGGCCCAAAGUGUCCUUGGAAAGAACCAAAGAGAACUUGACUUGGACAGUCAUGGAAUUUCGGGAGAUGAUCUGGGCUGAAUCUUUUGGCUUGGAUUUGACAGUGGUAGGCUAAACACGCUGACCUUGGCAGAAGCUUCCAACUCUUUUCUCCAGCUUGAGUUCCAGGACUGAAAUGCUGUGAAUCCCACAGGCAAAAAUCACGACUGAAUUCGGGUAGGUGGGUAGGAAGGAUGAAAAUUGGAUCUAGAGGGUCAGAUACUUCCUGGCUGCUUAUUCUUGAUAUCAACUAUGGUUGCAAGCCCUAGUGGUUGGUUUCACACCCCACAUCUCACAUGAGAGUUAGGCUAUGUUCUGUGCCUUAAAGUGAAGGUUUACUUUACUGUGCCUUCUAUUAAGGCUUGCAAUCAUAGUUGAUAUCAAGAAUAAGCAACCAGCAGCCUGCAGGAAGUAUCUGCCCCUCUAGACCCAAUUUUCAUCCUUCCUACCCACCCACCCGAAUACAGGUAGUCCUUGACUUACAACAGUUCAUUUAGUGACUGUUCGAAGUUACAAUAGCACUAAAAAAAGAUUUAUGACCAUUUUUUGUACUGAUGACCUUUACAGCAUCCCCAUAGUCAGGUGAUCAAAAUUCGAACACUUGGCAACUGGCUCAUAUUUAUGACCAUUGCAGUGUCCCCAGGUGAUGUGAUCUGCUUUUGAGAAUUUCUGACAAGCAAAGUCGAUGGGGAAGUCGGGUCCACUUAACAACUGGGUUGCUAACUUUACAACUGCAGUGAUUCAUUUAACAACUGUGGCAAGAAAGGCCAUAAAAUGGGGCAAAACUCACUUAACUGCUCUCUCAUUUAGGAACAGAAAUUUUGGGCUCAAUUGUGGACAUAAGUCAAGGACUACCUGUACUCCAAAAUGAGGAAGACUUCAACAUAGGAGGGCCGAGGUGAAAAUAAUCCACCCAUGGCUGCCACAUCUCCAGGAAUCAUUUUAUCAAAUGAUAAAAUAAAAUUAAAAAGAAUACGCUGCUUGUAGUGGAACAAAACUGCUAAGCAAUGCUUUUCAGCUGUGGAACCUUAAUUGGGAGCUGCCCAUCCUGUUUAUGUUCCCACAGCAAAACUGAACUAUAGCCUCCAGGCAUGGAAAGUGUUGUGCGAACACAGCCAGUCUGGUUAGUUCCAGGCUCGCAGCUGAGUUGGCACAACCCCCUUGAAAGCAGAGCUCGAACAGAGUGAAGGCCUUGGCGGUUUAGCAUGUUGUGAGAAUUCACCCAUUCAGAAUCAGCUGAAAAGUACCCUGGAGGUCUUCUAGUCCAUGCUCAAACAGGAGACCCUAUACCAUUUCAGACAAGUGAUUGUCCAGUCUCUUCUUAAAAACCUCCAUUGAUGAAGCCCUCACAACUUCUGGAGACAAACUGCUCCACUGGUUACUUGUUCUCACUGUUAGGAAGGUUGCUUCUCUCCUUGAUUAGUUUCCAUCCAUUGUUUCUGGGCUGGCCUUCAGGUGCUUUGGAGAAUAAGUUGACUCCCUCUUCUUUGUGGCAGCCCCUCAAAUACUGAAAUACUGCUAUCCUGUCACCCCAGUCCUUCUUUUCUCUAGCCUAGCCAAAGGCAAAUCCUGCAACAGUUCUUCAUAUGUUUUUAGUCUCCAGGCCUUUAAUCAUCUUAGUUGCUCUUCUUUGCAUGUUUUUUCCCCAAAGUCUCAACAUCUUUUUUGUAAUGUGGUGACCAAAACUGAAUGCAGUAUUCCAAGUGUGGCCUUACUAAGGCUUUAUAAAGCGGUACUAAUACUUCAUGUGAUUUUUGAUUCUAUGCCUCUGUUUAUUCAACCCACGAUUGUAUUCGCUUUUUUGGCUGCUGCCGAAAAAGCAGGUUGGGUCAACCUGGUUAUCGGUUCAGGCCAUAUGAAAAUAGCAAGGGUUUGGAGUUAAAUGUGUUGUGUGAACUUAGGGGUUUGGGUUGUGUAAACCAGUGUUUCUCAAGCUCGCCAACUUUAAGUGUGUGGACUUCAAAUCCAGCUAGCAAGCAGAGCCAUCCUCUUAUAAUUUAAUGAGCAGGUAGGUCUUGGGAGGUGAUGCAGUGUCUCUCUUUUUGAAACAUAUCACUGGGAAAGGGCACAAGUUAAGAGGUGUACAGUACUUUUGUUGUUUUUUAUUAAUUUUCUGGAAGAAAAAUAACUUUUUGUAUCUGUGAUGAGAUACCUGGGAUAUAGACUAUGUAUUUAUUUGUAUAAUAAGUUCUCUUUUUUUAAGGACAAGGAAAAAUCAGUGUAGUGUGUUUGUUGAGCAUUAACCAAGACACAUUUUAGCCUGGCUGGUUCUCUCUUCCACUUUUGUGGAGACACAUAUUUAUAACCAUUAUUUAUAUACAUGUUUUAUCCCUUUUAUAAAUUAAUAAACUUGAAUUGUUCCAAA